UAUGGCCAUGGCCCGCCAGCAGAAGGACGAUAAGCAGCGCGCAGGCAGCUACGCAGCCAUGCUUAGUACGGCAUGUUUUUCUGUUAAAUUUAGAGCAGUUAUCGGACUCGGCUCUCCCUCCUGAGCGCACUGUCUUCUCCUGCUGCUGCUGUGUCAGGACCAGAGGUGAGUACCAGCUCAGAGAAGCACCACAGGCCGGGUUUACUCUGCAGCAGCUGGGCUUCUUCAGGUCAUCGUCACGCCUCUGGGAUGGAGUGAUGUAAUGCAGACUGAGUUUGAUCUUCACCUGAAACAGUUUGAGCCAAGGUUUAAGGGAGCUGAAGCACCAUGAGCCCAGCCAGGACCAUGGCGAUGUUCUGCACCUAUAAGCUGAUUUUCUUUCUGACCGUCAUCUCAACUGAGUUUCCAUAUUCAGCAGCAGCGGGCUCUACUCUGACUCUCACCUCCAACCAGACAGCCACCAACCACAGCAAAUGUGGUGGAAGCACCAACUGCAUAGAGGGCGUUAUCCUUCCUAUGUGGAAGCCAGAAAACCCAGCCUUCACUGACCGCCUCGCCAGAGCAACCAUAUACUUCGUGGGGUUAGCGUACAUGUUCUUAGGGGUCUCCAUUAUCGCCGAUCGCUUCAUGGCAUCCAUCGAAGUCAUCACCUCCCAGGAGAGACGGAUCACCAUCAAGAAACCAAACGGUGAGAAGAUCACGACGACUGUACGCAUCUGGAAUGAGACAGUGUCCAACCUGACCCUGAUGGCACUGGGUUCAUCCGCCCCAGAGAUCCUCCUCUCAGUGGUGGAGGUUUGUGGGCACAACUUCAAUGCCGGGGAGCUCGGUCCCAACACCAUCGUAGGAAGCGCCGCCUUCAACAUGUUCGUCAUCAUCGGGCUGUGUGUGUCUGUCAUUCCUGAAGGAGAGACCAGAAAAGUGAAGCACUUGCGCGUGUUCUUCAUCACCGCUGCCUGGAGUGUCUUUGCUUACACCUGGCUUUAUCUGAUCCUGGCUGUCUUUUCUCCAGGAGUUGUGGAAAUAUGGGAGGGGCUUCUCACGCUCUUCUUCUUCCCACUUUGCGUUGGAUUGGCGUACAUAGCGGAUCGCAGACUUCUUUUCUACAAAUACAUGUACAAGCGAUACAGGGCGGGGAAGCGGAAAGGAGUGAUCAUCGAAACGGAGGGAGAACCAGAACUUCCCUCAAAGGUUGACAUUGAAAUGGAUGGAAAAAUGCUCAACUCUCAUGGAGAGGAGUUCACAGAUGGAGAGGCAGGAUUUGAAGGGAAGGAGCUGGAUGAGGAGGAGGCCCGCAGGGAGGUGGCGAGGAUCCUGAAGGAGCUGAAACAGAAACAUCCGGAGAAGGAGAUGGAGCAGCUGAUGGAGCUUGCGAAUUACCAAGUUUUAACCCAGCAACAGAAGAGUCGAGCUUUCUACCGCUGCCAAGCGACCAGAAUCAUGACAGGAGCGGGUAACGUCCUGAAGAAGCACGCCGCUGACCAAGCCAAGAGAGCCACCCAUGAUAUCUUCUCUGAGGUGUCGGUGAACGACUUCUCUUCCAAAGUGAUCUUCGACCCUGGUACCUACCAGUGUUUGGAGAACUGCGGCACCGUGGCACUGAAUGUGGUUCGACGUGGCGGAGACCUGACCAGCAUGGUCUCCGUGGAUUACCGGACAGAAGACGGCACCGCCAACGCCGGCUCAGAUUAUCAGUUCACAGAAGGAACAGUUGUGUUCAAACCCGGUGAGACGGAAAAAGAAAUCCGCAUCGAUAUUAUCGAUGAUGACAUCUUUGAAGAAGACGAGCACUUCCUGGUUCACCUAAGCAAUGUCAGAGUCACAGCUGAAGGUUCGAACAGUCACGAGGCAAACCACGUGGACACCCUCGCAGGUCUGGGUUUGCCCUGCACGGCCACCGUUACCAUAUUUGAUGAUGACCACGCCGGGAUCUUUACGUUCGAGGAGCCAGUGAUGACCGUGAGCGAGAGCGUCGGGGUGAUGGAGGUCAAGGUGAUCCGGACCUCAGGAGCACGCGGUGUUGUGGUAGUGCCCUACAAAACGAUACAGGGGACCGCUAAAGGAGGCGGCGAGGACUUUGAGGAUACACACGGAGUUCUGGAGUUUGAGAACGAUGAGAUUUCCAAAACCAUUCGGAUAAAUAUAAUCGAUGACGAAGAGUACGAGAAGAACAAGAACUUCUUCCUGGAGAUCGGAGAGCCUCGGCUGCUGGAGAUGAGUGAGAGGAAAGCUGUGUUGCUUCAGGAAGUCGGUGGAUUCGUUAAGACAGACAAACAGCUAUAUGGCAGAGACAUCUACAGGAAGGUCCAGGGACGAGAGCACCCCGUCCCCUCCAACAUCAUCAGCAUCGCAGAGGACGGGGCUGAGGAGCCUUUGACAAAGAAAGAAGAAGAAGAGCGGAGGAUUGCAGAGAUGGGCAGGCCAAUGCUGGGCGAACACGUCAAACUGGAGGUGAUCAUCGAGGAGUCGUAUGAGUUCAAGAGUACAGUAGAUAAACUCAUUAAGAAGACCAACCUGGCUCUGCUGAUUGGGACCAACAGCUGGAGGGAGCAGUUUGUGGAGGCCAUCACGGUCAGCUCAGGUGAUGAUGAUGAAUGUGGAGAGGAGAAGCUGCCCUCUUGUUUUGACUACGUCAUGCACUUCCUCACCAUUUUUUGGAAGCUUCUGUUUGCCUUCGUUCCUCCUACAGACUACUGGAAUGGUUGGGCCUGUUUUGUUGUCUCCAUCACUGUCAUAGGCAUGUUGACGGCAGUGAUUGGAGACCUGGCGUCGCAUUUCGGCUGCACCGUGGGCCUCAAAGACUCAGUCACCGCUGUGGUGUUCGUCGCUUUGGGCACUUCUGUACCAGACACCUUUGCCAGUAAGGUGGCAGCCAUUCAGGACCAAUAUGCCGAUGCCUCCAUUGGAAAUGUGACGGGGAGCAACGCCGUCAAUGUCUUCCUAGGUAUUGGCGUGGCCUGGUCAAUCGCUGCUGUCUACCACUACACCCAAGGUCAGGAGUUCAAGGUCAGCCCUGGCACACUGGCCUUCUCCGUCACACUCUUCACCAUCUUCGCCUUUAUCUGCAUCGCUGUGCUCAUCUACCGCCGCCGACCGGAGAUUGGCGGGGAGCUAGGUGGACCCCGUAUCCCAAAGAUCCUCACCACUUGCUUGUUCUUCAGCCUGUGGUUAAUGUACAUCGUCUUCUCCUCCCUGGAAGCCUACUGCCAUGUAAAGGGCUUCUAACAGUGCCACUCCAGACCCUCUUCAGGACUUUUCUGUUGGAUUCUAGGUUGCUGCAUAUACCAGUGGGCUAUUGUCAAACAUUUGCUGCAUAUCUAAAGGUUAUAAGAGGGAUUGACCUGAAUGGAUUCGCUGUAGUUCAGUUCACAUUCUUCACGAUCAUGAUCAUGAACAGGGACAGAGCACAUAAAACAAAAUAAAAUACAUUUUAAAAAACAUCUUGAAUGGGUUGGGGUUACAAUCAUACUGGGUGGCUUUUUUAAGGGUUUGAAUAAAAUCUAGUGACUUAGCAGUUUCUAUAAUUUGUUACUUGUCUGAAAGUUUAGAUUGAUGAACAUUUCAACAGGUUUCUAACAAGUUUUGUUUGUUCUUUUUUCACCUAUCUCUGAAUAUCGGAGUUCUUUAAGGUUCUACUAAAGGUACAGAAGUUUCUCAUGUGACGCCAUGUGCACAUUGCUCAAGAGCUGUCUGCCACAUCAGACGUGAUACAACCACUGGUUGCUGUGGGAAAAUGUCUAUUUCCUGACUGAUUUGCAGUGGUUGCUGGUGAUUUCUGCCUCUCACUGGGUGAAAUUAGAUGCAAAAAAAGAUUUGCACCAGAAAACUCAGAGUGAUUGCUUUGGUUGCUACCAGGUUGCCAUGGGGAAAUGUAGUUUUUCACAUUUGUCUUCAAAUCCUUGCAAAUUCCCAGCAACACCCACUGGAAGUUCAGAAAGUUUGCCUUUAAAGUAAUAAGACCACGACAACUGCCAUCAGCCACCAGCAACAACUUACAACCAGUGGUAAAAUACUGCUGUUUCCCUCACAAACAGAUGGUUGCAGCCGCUCUCUAGGCCUGUGUGACCUGAGUACUAUUCACCUGAUUCUACAGUAUCACCAUGAUCCAAAAUGGCAGACAAGUAAGCGUCACAUGGUUGGGGUCACAUAUUUGCAAACCCUCAGUGAGAGGCUCAAAACCUCUUUGAUGGCUUUCUAAAGGCUCCGACAGUACCCGAUGGACUCUCUUCUGCUGUGAAGGAUCCCUGAAGGUUCUAGUGGAACCCUGAGAACUGAAACUGACUGACUCUGGUGUCCAUAUUGAACUGUUCUCUGGCUGCUGAGCAAUGGUGACUACAUUCAUUCUCACAUACCUCCCAACCAUGUAAAAAAUCCAUCCGAACCUUUCAGCGAUGUCUAAUGUAAACUAUUUAAUUUUGACGUGCAUGGACUUUAAACCACAUCACGAGUAGCCGUGGCGAUUAAGGAGAACCGGAGUGACUUUUAGUGUUUUAGGUGACUCGGAGGGUAGUGUUGCACCUACAUUAAUAUCUGCACUGAGUUUGAAUAAAGGGAGAGUUUAAUCAGAGAUGCUGUGAACACCAGCUGGCUUGAGUUGGACCUGAGCUGCUGGUUCAGUGGAGUCAAACACUGAGGAAAUAACGAUGUAUGCUUGAGUGUGAGUUCCUACACCGAUGACAGAAAUCUGUUAGCAAAGACAAAAUUCUGUCAUGUGAUUGGCUGCUUGGGUGAUGUAAACAUUAGUUGCGUCUUCAUAAUGCAGUGUCUUUGUUUCAAGUAUUAAAGUAGAGUGUCAGUAAA